AUGUCAGAGGGUACACUCAAAGGAGGGGUUAAUCAACUUGGCGUCAAAUACUACAAUGAUCUCAUCAACGCGCUUCUAGCGAAUGGAAUCAAGCCAUUUGUGACAUUGUUUCGUUUUGACACUCCAUUAGCACUUGAAAAUGGUUACGGCAGUUGGUUGAGGCCUAAGAUAGCGAACGACUUCUCAGACUAUGCAGAUUUUUAUUUUAAGACAUUCAGAGAUCGGGUCAAAUAUUGGGUUACUAUGAAUGAGCUCAAUAGUUUUACCAUGUUCGCUUACAAUUAUGACACCUUUGCCCCCGGUCGAUGUUCUAAGUACGUUGGUAAUUGUACCAUGGGUAACUCUACCACUGAACCCUACAUUGUAGCCCAUCAUUUGCUUCUUUCACAUGCCACUGCUGUAAAAUUGUAUAGACAAAAGUAUCAGGAGUAA